UGUAUGAUUAAGAGUGCGACGGUUUAAACGGUGUAGAGUGUAGAAGAUAGUCUACCUUCAAGAAUUUGUUUAAAAAUGUGUUAGUGAGAUAUGUGAUAUGUCAAGCAGUGACGUUGGACAACCAAAUUUUGAAGGUUAUCAAACGAAAUAAAAUAUCUUUUUGAUGCGGUAGGUCGCCGUCUCGAUCGCUGUUUCUUUUUUCUUUAUUGAGACGCUGCGUCCCAUCGUGACGGUGAACUACCGUGUAGGAAAGGUUAGAUACAGCUUAAAGUAAUAUUAGAAUGGCUUCAAGUACAAUAUUGCAGAAAGCUAUAGAUCUGGUGACUAGAGCUACUGAAGAAGAUCGUAAUAAAAAUUAUGAGGAAGCACUUAGGUUGUACGAACAUGCUGUUGAAUAUUUUCUACAUUCUAUUAAAUAUGAAGCACAAGGUGACAGAGCUAAGGAGAGUAUAAGAGCGAAAUGUACACAGUAUUUGGAAAGAGCUGAAAAAUUAAAGGCAUAUUUGAAGAAAAGUAAGAAGAAACCUGUAAAAGCUGGUGAAGAUAAUUCUAAAACUGAGGAUAAGAAGAGCGAUAGUGGAGACAGUGAUACAGAUAGUGAUCCUGAAAAGAAGAAACUUCAAAGCAAACUGGAAGGUGCGAUAAUUAUUGAAAAACCAGAUGUUAAGUGGAACGAUGUUGCUGGUCUUGAUGGAGCCAAGGAAGCUUUAAAGGAAGCUGUUAUUUUGCCAAUACGUUUUCCCCAUCUGUUUACUGGAAAACGGAUACCAUGGAAGGGUAUCUUAUUAUUUGGGCCACCAGGUACUGGUAAAUCCUAUCUAGCAAAGGCUGUUGCAACUGAAGCCAAUAAUUCAACGUUCUUCUCUGUGUCAUCCUCGGACUUGGUAAGCAAAUGGCUUGGAGAAUCUGAAAAACUUGUCAAAAAUUUGUUUGAAUUAGCUCGUCAACACAAACCCAGUAUCAUAUUUAUCGACGAGGUGGAUUCACUCUGCUCGUCACGUUCCGACAAUGAAUCCGAAUCUGCAAGAAGAAUAAAAACAGAAUUUUUAGUUCAGAUGCAAGGUGUUGGAUCAGAUAAUGACGGUAUACUAGUAUUGGGAGCUACUAAUAUACCAUGGGUGUUAGAUUCUGCUAUUAGAAGAAGAUUUGAGAAGAGGAUUUACAUUGCCUUACCAGAUGAACAAGCUCGUGUUAUAAUGUUCAAACUUCAUUUAGGAAGUACUUCUCAUUGUCUAACGGAAGAAAACUUUAAAAAACUAGCAGCUGCCACUGAUGGUUAUUCUGGAGCUGAUAUAAGUAUUAUCGUACGAGAUGCUCUUAUGCAGCCAGUUAGACUAGUUCAAACUGCAACGCAUUUCAAGCGUGUAAGAGGACCAUCACCAAAAGAUCCUUCUAUUAUUGUGGAUGAUUUAUUGACACCAUGUUCACCGGGAGAUCCAGCCGCUAUUGAAAUGAACUGGAUGGAAGUUGAGGGUGAUAAAUUGUAUGAACCACCUGUAACUAUGAAAGACAUGUUAAAAUCAUUAGCGACUACCCGUCCCACAGUGAAUGAAGAAGAUAUGGCUAAACUAGAAAAAUUUAAAGAAGAUUUUGGUCAAGAAGGUUGAUACUCAAAUUUUUUUAAUCAAGUUGCUAUAUACUUCCAAAAGUAUCUUUCUGUUAUACAUGCACUUGCCUUAUGUCUUGUUUGAUUAUCGACAUUGCGAUACGUAAUAUUUAUACAAAAAGUUCAAACAUACAUUGACUCAGGCUUUUAUUUUCAAAAUUUCUUUUCCUUCAACAGUCAUUACAUGAUAGCAAUGCCAACAUUGCGAGCUUGAUGCUUAUUCACAAAUACUGUUUGUUAAAAUAUAAAAAUCGCAGAAUGAACGAUAUAUAUUUUGUGAUGAAAAUUAGUUACAUUUUAAUCUGCAAAAAAAAAAACAAUAGACUAUUUUUUAUUCAAAAGCGCGAGAAAAAGUUAAAAUGCUACCGAUCCAUAACGUAAUAUGUAACGAAUUCUGUGCGUUUUUAACUUAUAUAAUUAUUGCUAUACUUGUACCUAACAAAUUAAUUGUACAAUACAUAUGUAGGAUUAAUAAGUAUUUCUGAACAAUGUUUAUGAUUGUAGAUUAGCAAUUCAUUUGUAUGUUUUGUAAUUUUGAUUUUGCUUAAACAUCAGCGACACGUUAUCAAUGACAUUUGCAUUCAUUUUCCCCAGUAAGUAUAAAUUAUACUAAUAAUCAAUUUGAAAUGAUUCGUUAAAUUACGUGAACGCGAUUACAUGUAGUAUGUGAUAUACAUAUGUGUACGUAUAUCAAAUAAGCAAAAUACCAUUUCCAUGUGUAAAUUGUUUUUAUUGUUAAUUAAAUAAAUAACAAGCUGUACACAAUAGAA